AUGAAAAAAAAUCCACCAAAAACUGGACUAAUUGAUUUAGAGAAUAGAGGACAAUAAUAAAUCAUCAAAAUCUCCAUAGGAAAUCAUCAUCAAAAUAUUGAAGGAGUGGGACUUAGAAAAACUUAAAAAAAUAAUUAAGAAACUUGGAGUAUGGCCUUGUACAAUAGAUUGUAAACUUUAUUUAUGAUGUUAGAGCAAUUUAUUGAAGAUCUUCUCUAAUAACCUGAAAUAUCAUUUGAAAUUAUAGUUUAUAUGAUGCUGAUAUCUAAUGGGUAUUUCUGUCCACUCUCUCCUUUAACCACUUCUAAUUAGAUUACUGCUUUUCAAUGUGGUUUGCUACAAACCUAUUUUUGUUGUGUAACUCCAGAAAGCUAUCAUAUCUACUUCGAAAUUGGACUGGAGAAGAAGCCUAUAAUUUAAAAAAACGAAUUUUUGGGUUUUCGAACAAUUCAUAGAAUACAUUUUAUAGCGUUAAGAUUUGAUAGAAGAAUUGAGAAUGUACUAACAAGACUCUCCAAUUAUCAUUCAAAUUAGAAGUUUAACCCUUACAGGUAGAAUUUUGGAUAAUUAAAUUUCGAUUCUACGACUUCAAUUUAAGGAAAAUAAAAAUACUUUUGUUUGGAAAAAUCAUUGUUUUAUUGGAAUGAGGUGGAAGAGUGGGGAGAAUGUCAAUUCAAGAUUGGAUUAAAAGAUCAGUAAUGUAUGAGAUGGAUACCCACAGGAGUUUAGACUAAAUAAUUAGAUGAAUAGUAAUUAAAAUAAUACUAUUACGAUUAAAACCUGGAUUAAUGGGUGCGAAAAGAAGACAUCGAGUUUUUUUAGAAGUUUAAAUAGAACAGAGAUUUAUCAAAACAAAAUAAACACAUUUUACAUUAAUAUGCAGACUUUGAAUCAGGAGCGUUGAUAAUUGAUAUUAUGUAAAAACUGCCUGAUUUCAAAAUUCUGAUCACUUAAUAGGAAAGGAAGGUUAUAGCAUCAAAAUAAAAUUCUUUGAUUAUUGGUAGAAGUGGAACAGGGAAAACAACUUGUACUGUCCUUAGAUUAUUUGCAGUUUAGACUCUUUUCAAAAUUAGAUAAAAAUUAUUUAAUUAAGAAAAUGAAAAGCUACUGUUCAAUUAUUAAGAUGUUCCAAAUAAAGUAGGAUUACAUUGUGUAUUUACAACGUAGAACCAUGUAUUAAUAGGUGAAGUCAGAAAGUAUUAUAGAAAAUUGUUGUAACACAUACAAGAUUCUAUAAGGAGGAAUUAAGAGAAAUAACAAAAUCAAAAAUAAAAUAUUCCAUUAAGUUUAGAUUAAAGUUUUAUAUCUCAAUCAUUUUAGAUCUGUGAGGAAAUUAAUGAAAGUUCUAUAAGUAUGAUACUCUAAGAAGAAACAUUCUUAUGCGAUGAAAAUGACAUUGAGGAUGGAGAUAUGGAUGAGGAUGAUUAAUUAGAGGAUGUUGAUUAACUUGGUUCAUUGUAGUAGAUGUCUGAUGAUAAAUUUCCUGCUUUUUUGAGUCUUAAGAAAUUGAUUUUGUUAAUUGAUUCAUCAUUGAAUAAACCAUUUUUUGAAUUAGACAGAUUCAAAAAGAAUGGGGUAAAAUUAUAAAAAGCAGGAUGGAACACUGGAAAAACAAUCAAAAUAACUUAAAAACUAAAAACAAAUAAGAAUAUUAAUGUUAUUGAAAUAGAUGAAAAUGCUAAAUUUGAAGAAUAAGAGUUUACAAUGUUAAAUUAACAAGAAGUCAAAGAAGAAAUAGAUGAAACCAAACUACUUCUAAAAAAACAAGAAGAAAAAGCCUAAUAAAGUUAAAAAUAACAUUAAAAUCAAUAAGAAUCAAAUAUUCAAGUUACAGAAGUUGAUUAUGAGUAUUUCUUAAAGAGAUUUUGGCCAACAAUUAAGAAACCAAAUUAGAAAUAUGGAUGUGAUGAAAGAUCAUUCCCAACAUUAAUAUGGACUUAAGUUUAUUCUUACAUCAAAGGAUCUUAAUUCUCUUAUUCUUACCCAAUGAAAUAUUUACCUAAAGCUAUCUAUGCCGAAUUUAAUCCGUCAAAUCUAUCCUAAGAUAUCAUAAAUCUCAUCUAUGACUACUUUUUGGAAUAUGAAAAAUGGAAACUCUCUUGUGGAGUAUUUGAUCUAAUGGACUUAGUCAAUUACACCAUAUGUGAAUUAGACAAGGGAGAAUUUAAAACAGUCCCCAUCCAUUACUUAUUCGUAGACGAAGUUUAAGAUUUACCACAUGCAGUAAUAACUCUAUUUACUAGACUAAUUGAAUAAGGUUAUUAUUUCUGUGGAGAUACUGCAUAGAAUAUAGUCAAAGGAGUUGGUUUUAGAUUCUAAGAUCUUAAAAAUAUGUUUAAACACAUAGACAACCCUUUACUUACAGACUUAGAAUAAUUUUAAUUGACCAUUAAUUUUAGAUCCCAUAAUAGCAUUCUGUAAUUGGCAAACAGCAUUGUGAAUCUUAUUGAAUUAUUUUUCCCUAAAGCAAUUGAUAGACUGAAUAAAGAGAUCUCAGAUUUAAAGGGACCUAUGCCUAUGAUUAUUUAAAGUAACAAUAUUGAUGACCUAUUCAAUUUCUUGACUGGAGAUGUUAAUCCUAACUUAGAAAAACAAGCUGUUCCAAUUGAAUUUGGUUGUAAUUAAGUUGUCCUGGUCAAAGAUUCAGAUGCUAGAGAUAAUAUCCCCUCUGUUUUAGCUCAUGCAUUAAUCUUAACAAUCUAUGAAUCAAAGGGUCUAGAAUUUGAAGAUGUUAUCUUAUAUAAUUUCUUUACUGACAAUACAAUUUUGUAGUCUUAAUGGGAUCUAUUUAAUUAAUUAUUUAUUGAUGAAGUUGAGGUUGAUAGAGAUGAAUAUAAUUAUAAAUUGACAAGACAUGAUUAAUAAAACACUAGUUCUGAAGAACUAUAAGAUAAUAAUGCAUCCUUCAGCACAUAAAAUGAAUAAGGAAAUAUUUUAGUCAAAAAAUUAAGAUUGAAGCCCAGCAUCAAAUCAUUAGAUCUGAAUAAUUAUAAUGCCUUAUGCAAUGAGUUGAAAUAUUUAUAUGUGGCUGCAACUAGAGCCAAAAAUAGAUUAAUUAUAUUUGAUGAUUAACCAGAAAAGAGAAAUUAAAUUUAGAAUCUAUGGCAAUCUUUGAAUUUAAUCUAAAUAUUAGAUGAAUCCUAUUUCUAAAAUGCCAAAGAAAUGAAUAAAAUUGUGACUCAAAAUACAAAAGAAGAAUGGUAUGCAACUGGAAUGAAAAUGUUUGCCAAUAAAUAUUAUGAUCAAGCAAUCAAAUGCUUUGAAAUGUCUGGUCACUAAUAACUGUUUACUAAAUCUUAGGCAUAUGCUUUUGCAUUUAGAGCAGAAAAAUAAUUAUUGUAAAGUGAGAACUUUUUUGAACUUAGUGAAGACACUCAUUUACCUUAAAAUUUAAGGAGGAAAUAUAAGGAAAAAUAUGAAAAAUCUAAGCAUGAAAUGUUUAAUAACUUCAAUAAAGCUGGUGAAAAAUUCAUAGAAUGCAAAAAUAAAAAGAAUGCAGCAGCCUGUUUCUUUUCAGGUUAAUAAUAUCAACUUUCAUUAAUAUACUAUCUUUAAACUAAAUGUUGGGAGGAAGCAGCAGAGGUAGCACUUAAAUUAAAACUCUAUCCUGUAGCUGGGCUAUUAUGGUUAAGGGCUUACAAAAUUGAUCAAAGCAUAGAGGCAUUUAAUUAGUUCAAAAAUAAUCUAAUUACCUUGCAUUUACUUAGUGAAUUCAAAUAUGAAUUAGGGGAUGAUCUGAAGAAUCUUUGGGAAAUUCUAUUACCCUAAGUGCUACAAGAGUGUUGGUUACAAUAUAGCAAGACUAAAGAUGCAAUUUAUAUUGAAAGAAAUAAUUAUGCUGGCAAAAAAUUAGAUUUUUCAAUUCUAACAGAGCAUACUGAUUUUCAAACUGAUUUCGCUUCAGAAUUACUUAUUAUUGAAGCAUCAGCUUAAAAUGUGUAUACUUAAGAGGAAAUGUACAAGACGCUUUACAAUUACAUCUACAACUUUCUAGAUGAAAUACUUGUAGUUCUUUCAAAAGUGUUUAUUAACUAUCCAUUGCAAGUAAUGAAAGUAUGUAUGUUGUCUAAAUCAGAUGAAUUUUUAUAAAAUCAAACUGCAUUCAUUCAAAAUGUUUUAGAAUAUUUUGAUAUUCAGGAUUUGCAACUCUUUAUGCUUGAAAGAACAAAUUGUAAGGAUAGAGAUAAUUAUUUUAUAUCCUGUCUUUAUUAUAUCUCGCCCUUAUAUUAACCAUGCUUCUCAUUAAAUUUCAUUUUCUAAAAUUACGGGAGAUUCGGUAAAGCGGAUUUAAAAAAAAUAGAGAACACUUAUAAUUAAACUCUUUAGAAAUCGGAAUAGAAGUUAAUUACCUUUAAAUUUUCUACUUCUAGUAAAUUACUCAUGAGCUAUUCUUUAUGCUAAUUAGGAUUAUAUGAAGUCGUUAUUCACUUGUUUUAGAAACAUAUUAUUUCAUUAUAAUAGGGUGAAUAAAAAUAAAUGACCCAAACCAAAAUAAAAGUUUAUACGUCAAACUUGAGGUCUACAUCACAACUUUUUUAGUAACAUAAAUCAUUGUUAUUAACCUACACAAAUGAUGAUAGACUUUAGAGCCAUGAGACAUUCAUUAAAGGAAGACAAUUUAUUUAAGGCUAUGCCUGGGAUUUUAUUAUUCUAACGAUUAGGAUCUUAAGAAGCUUAGAAAGUUGUAAAAUGACUACAUGGUUCAAUAUAUUGAUCAAUUAGAAUAAGCUAAAAGCAUGA